UGUGCAAUUCCUCUUAUGAACCGUUUUUGCUUCUCUGACCGGAAGUGAUCGAGUUUAUCUGACCCUCCUUUUUAUAUACAUAUUUGUGACUGUAAACUGUCGUGGCGAGAUUGUCGUUGUUCAUUUGAAGAAAAAAAAAAAAAAUGGCAAUGAUUACAGUUCCUGAGAACGUUAGCGUUCUUCUGUUGGACAUUGAAGGAACCACGACUCCUAUCACGUUUGUAAAGGACGUUUUAUUUCCAUAUAUCAAAGAGCACUUGGAGGAGUACCUGUGUGCGCACUGGGAGGAGGAUGAGUGCAAGCAGGAUGUGCAGCUCCUAAAGAAACAGACCGAGGAAGACUUAAAGCAGAAUAGAGCAUGCCCAGUUCAUGCCGUAGACCAGACGGUCCACACGGAUGAAGAGAAGGCAAUCCGGGAGGUGGUGGAUAGUGUCCUGUGGCAGAUGGCCGCAGACAGAAAGACCACUGCUCUCAAGCAGCUGCAAGGCCACAUGUGGAGAGCCGCCUAUGUUUCAGGGAAGAUUAAAGGCGAAGUAUAUCAGGAUGUGGUUCCUGCUAUAAGAAGAUGGCGGCAAUGUGGUCUUAAAGUCUACAUUUAUUCUUCAGGAAGCAUAGAAGCUCAGAAGCUACUCUUUGGCUAUUCAGUUGAAGGAGAUCUAUUAGAUCUAUUUGACGGUCACUUUGACACCAACAUUGGUGCCAAAGUGGAGAGUAAAAGCUAUGAAAAGAUUGCAGAGAGGAUUGGCUGCUCCCCAGAAGACAUUAUGUUCUUAACAGAUGUCACACGAGAAGCAAAGGCAGCAGAGGAUGCAGGGCUGAACGUGGCCGUGGUUGUGCGACCAGGCAACAUGGAGCUGACUGAAGAGGAGAGGAACCAUUAUAGAACCCUUACAACUUUUAGCCAGCUGGAACUCACCGGAAGUGCUUAACAGACAAGGACAGAACAGUGUCAGCACUCCUCAAGUGGACUUUAGCGAAUGUGGGCUGACAUUGGAUCACAAAGUUGUAGCUUGUUACUUGUGGGCGGAAAAAAGAUGCAGCAAGUGCCAAGUGCAUUAUAGUUGUACCUAAUUACACUCCAGGUGCUUGCAUAUGUUUUUUUAUUUUAAUUUUAUUUUUAAACAAAACACAAUGAAGUUGGUUUAUAAUAUUGUCAUUCUAUUUGAAUGUUUGUUAUGCUAUGAAACAGUAUUGAUGUGUAAGUGUAAUUUAAGUUAUUAAUUAUGAAUUAAGUUUCACUGUAAUUGUACCUCUUCCUCUAUCUAGUAAACGUACAUUAUGCUCUCCAAUGUUAUUUCAAAUACCUUUAUGUAAAACUGUUAUUGCGAAGAGCAAAUGUGCAACUUGGAUAUGCAACAUUUAGGUACACCUAAAUGUUUUAUCACAUAGGAACUGUACUGUAGCUCACAGACAAUUUAUAAAGGAACAAAACCUAAAAAAAAAAAAAAAUCACGAUUUCUAAACUUAAACUCUAAACUGUGUGGGAAAUAAUGCAAAAUAAUUGCAUUAUGUAUGUGUUUUAAAAAUGAUUUCCAUCACUCCAGAAAAUUGGAGCAAAUGGCAAAAUCUCAUGAAUGCAUGUGAUUUUCAAAGAUAUUGAUUUGACCCACAACAAUGACAACAAUGAUAAAAAAGAUAACAGUGCCUUGCCUGUGUUUUUAAUAUUACUACAGUAGCUGAAACACUGGUAGUUCAGCAGUUACACUUCUGUACUGGUGAACUAAAGGUCACUUUGCAUGGUCAAUUUUGGAUGAAACUGUCCACUAAGUGAAUAGAUUCAGUUUUAUUCCUAAUGCACCAUGUAAUGAGAGCUGAAAUUUGAACACCUUUGAAGAAAAUAGCAAUGUUAAACUGUGGUAGAAUGUCAUUAGCUAAGACUUAAAUCAUAGCUUCAUUACAGUAUGAUUAUAAACAUACUGUUAUAAUGUUUAAUGUCAAAGAUAUGCCAUAUUUUCAAUUAUUACUUUUUUAUUUUGAUCUUGAUAUAAAAUGUGCAAAACAACUAGUGUUGUUUAAAACUGUAUACUUAAAACUAAGUUUCAGACAUUGACCUACUUUUCCAUUUAUACUUAUUCUCUUGUAGAUGAUCUAGUGUCCUUUCCAAGUAAUACAAAUGUUGUCUAGUCACAUAUCUAAUAAUAUGUACCUACAGUAUCUAUACACGCAUUUUCCAUGUAAAACACUUCAUGGCACCUGCAAUACAAAAACUUGCUCUUGCUCAGACAUGAC